AUGCCUACCUUGAUCCCUACCAUCUCGAUUGGGUCUUCAUCGUUCACGAAGCUUCCCUCAAAUGAGAGGCGCAAAUACUCCAAAUUGGGCACGCUUUCAUGCAUCUCACUCAUCACCAAUAAAAUGAUAGGAACUGGUCUUUUCAGUACCCCAUCAAUUAUUUUCAAAUAUUGCAAUGGAGAUGUUCCACUAUUUUUAUCCCUAUGGUUACUUGGCGCAUUAAUCAUCUUUUCAGGCUUGCUAAUCUACUUGGAAUUUGCCUUGAACCUCCCUUUCAAGAAUGGUGGAGAAAAGAACUACUUGCUCCGAGUAUUCAGAAAGCCAAAGGGUCUUUGGGGUUGUAUCUAUGCAUUUCAGAUGGUAUUUUUGGGAUUCAGUUCUGGAAACUCUUUUGCAUUUGGUAAAUACUUGUGGUACGCCAUCUCAGGAGAACAGGCUGCCGAGGAUGCCUGGAUCUCCAAAAUGAUUGGUGUGCUUUGUAUCACCUUCUGCGUUUGGCUCCACAUCAAGUAUCCCAACCAAGGAACGUCGCUUUUUAACUUUUUGGGAGUCUUUAAGAUUUUCAUUUUGUUUCUCAUUGUGGCAAUUGGCAGUUUGGUGGCUGUUAAAGUCAUUGAGCUUCCUCAACUGACCACUCCUCCGGUUCCAUAUACCCAGUCAUCCAACAGCUACUACUCCACUUCAGUGGCACUUUUGGAAAUUGUAUACUCGUUCAAGGGAUGGGAAAAUGCUAACUAUGUGCUUCUGGAGAUUUCGGACCCUUACCAUGUGCUCACCAUUGCUGCUCCCUUGGCUGUUACCCUAGUGACCAUUCUCUACUUUUUGGUAGUGGUAAGCUACCUCAUUGUGAUUCCAAAAGACGAGCUUUUGAACAGUGGAGUGUUGGUGGCGGGAAUUUUCUUCAACAAGGUGUUCGGAGAGUCUGUCACAUCGCGUAUGCUUCCAGCACUCAUUUCUCUUCUGACGUUGGGAAACGUUAUGGUGGUGUCAUUUGCUCACUCGCAUGUCAAUCAAGAGUUGGCAUUGAACAACUACUUGCCAUUUUCAAAAUACUUUGAGAACAUCAACCAUUCAUUAAUCUUGCACUGGUUCAUCAGUGUGUUCAUUCUCGUGGCUCCUCCAAGCUCUGAGAUAUAUGAAUUCGUUGUCAACUUGUAUAUAUACCCAGGCACCUGGAUCAAUCUCUUGAUCUGCUUGGGACUCAUCCAUCUCAAGCUCAAUGCGAACUCAGAAAAAUGGGGUCACUAUAAAUUCGUGGAGGAUCUCGAAGUCUUCGACAACGACAUCUCCCCGGUACUUCCUGCUACCUAUGGCGUGCAAUCCAAUGGAAACCAAUCUCCAAUUGGACUGCAGUCUCCAUCCUCAGACCGGUCAAUCCAAAGUUUUAACCCGGAGUACUCUGACCAGAGCUAUACGGAGUUUGACCUGCUCAUCUCUGAGACACAUUCGGCCCAUUUUAAAGCUACGCACAAGAGUUUUUCUGCGCCGUGGAUCUGUUUGGUACUUUUUCUUCUCGCCAACACAUUCCUUGCAUUAUUCCCAUUUUUCCCUCCUCCCAAAUCAUCUGGCCCUGGUACAAUCCCAUAUUGGUGCUUUCCGGUAGUGGGAACUGGUUGCUUGUUAAUGGGAGCCAUAUUUUACUAUUUAAGAGCAAAGUACUACGAGUACAAGAACUUGGAUCCGCCAACUUACGAGGAGGAUUAUAACCCAGAACUAUGA